CUCACCAGUAUAAUCACGCGGUCACGCCCAGCAUCCAGAACGUUCCUCGGGUGUGGGCCCCACACGCCAUGGACAGGAGGCGCCCAGGCCAAGCGUCCACGUUUUUUACCGCGGAUUUUCUUCUCGGUUGCUAGUAGUAAAUCGGUAAUAAAUGGCCAGUAAAUCCGCUCUAUAAAUGGGACCCCAACGAGGCACCGCUUCUCAUCGCCCCGUCUCAUCGAGACAUCACACAACCCUCCCCAAAACCUCCUCCCCGAGAAGAGCUAGGAUGUUCGGCUUCGGGCACCACGGCCAGCCGGCGCAGCCGCAGCACGGCGGCGGCGGGGGGCACCAGCCCACCUUCAAGAUCUUCUGCCGCGCCGACGAGGGCUACUGCGUCGCCGUGCGCGAGGGGAACGUCGUCCUCGCGCCCGCCAACCCGCGCGACGACCACCAGCACUGGUACAAGGACAUGCGCUUCGGCGACAAGAUCAAGGACGAGGAAGGCAACCCGGCGUUCGCGCUCGUCAACAGGGCCACCGGACUCGCCAUCAAGCACUCCCUCGGCCAGGGCCACCCUGUGAAGCUGGCGCCGUUCAACCCGGAGUACCCGGACGAGUCGGUGCUGUGGACGGAGAGCGGCGACGUGGGCAAGAGCUUCCGCUGCAUCCGCAUGCUGAACAACAUCCGCCUCAACUUCGACGCCUUCCACGGCGACAAGGACCAUGGCGGCGUGCACGACGGCACCACCAUCGUGCUGUGGGAGUGGGCCAAGGGCGACAACCAGUGCUGGAAGAUCCUCCCCUGGGGCGACGAGGCCUACGCCGGCGGCAGCGCCAACGCCCCCCGCGGCGGCUCCGAGCCCACCGUCCGCAUCUUCUGCAAGGCCGACGAGGGCUUCAGCGUCACCGCUCGCAACGGCUCCGUCUGCCUCGCGCCCACCAACCCGCGCGACGAGUACCAGCACUGGAUCAAGGACAUGAGGCACAGCAACAGCAUCAAGGACGAGGAAGGCUACCCCGCCUUCGCCCUCGUCAACAGGGUCACCGGCGAGGCCAUCAAGCACUCCCAGGGAGAAGGCCACCCUGUGAAGCUGGUGCCGUACAACCCCGGCUACCAGGACGAGUCGGUGCUCUGGACGGAGAGCCGCGACGUGGGGCACGGCUUCCGCUGCAUCCGCAUGGUGAACAACAUCUACCUCAACUUCGACGCCUUCCACGGCGACAAGGACCACGGCGGCGUCCGCGACGGCACCACCGUUGUGCUCUGGAAGUGGUGCGAGGGCGACAACCAGCGCUGGAAGAUCGUCCCCUGGUAAAUGCGGUGUGCUGGAGCUGCCUGCAUUGGUCAUCACCGUGAUCUGGAGUUGGGAGAGUUGCCUGCUGCCCCCCCUGCGUUGUUGGCUUGUUGCUAGAAUAAAAGUCGUGUGAGAUGAUCAGUGGUGAUGAUGUGUGUCCUGGUCCAUGUGUAAUGCUUUUAGUCGUUUUCCCGAGUCCUGGUUCUGUGAGAAAAUGGAAGCCGUCUGGCCGCGUUUCAGCUUGUGCUUGAGAGGUUCAGAGUUUCAAACAUUUGUUGAGUAAUGGCACCCUGUUUUCUCAUCUAGUA